UCCAGAGAAAGAGGGAGGCUGACUUGACAGUGUGACAGACUUCCACGGGAACUCAGUGGAAUAAACGUUCGCCGGUUCGCUGUCAGCCGUUACCGUGAGGCGAACUAGACCCCCGGAGGACCUCGGCCUCGUUUCGACCCGCAGCUCAGCGCCCAAAGCCCCGCACUGUCCCGCAGUUUUAAAGGGAACGGACAGGACGAGAGCCUGCUUCAGAUUCCUCAGUGAUCUCUCGACGAUGGGACUGAAUUGAGGAGAGCACCAGGAUCUCUGAGGGAAAAGCUCUGAAUAUCGCCCAGUUUGGAGGGAAAGACAAACAGCUGGUCCAGUGAAAACAGCCUCAACUUUUAUAAGAGAACAUGGAGAACUGAUCACAAACCAGGAGACGCCACAAGGAAACUCCUCCCUCCCUGUCCACCAACGGCAAUGGCGGGGCUCAAACGCCAUCAUGACGGGAAGAUCGCUGGGCUCUAUGACCUGGACAAGACUCUGGGCCGGGGACACUUCGCUGUGGUCAAACUGGCCCGACACGUUUUCACUGGUGAAAAGGUUGCUGUGAAGGUGAUAGAUAAGACUAAGCUGGACCCGGUGGCACGGGGGCACCUUUUCCAGGAGGUGCGAUGCAUGAAGAUGGUGCAGCACCCCAACGUGGUGCGCCUUUACGAAGUCAUCGACACAGCAACAAAGCUCUACCUCAUCCUUGAGCUGGGAGAUGGAGGAGACAUGUAUGACUGCAUCAUGAAGCACGAUGGAGGCCUUGCUGAAGAGGUGGCCAAGUGUUACUUUGCCCAGAUUGUCCACGCCAUCUCCUACUGCCACCGGCUGCACGUGGUGCACAGGGACCUGAAGCCGGAGAAUGUGGUGUUUUUUGAGAAGCAAGGCGUCGUCAAGCUCACUGACUUUGGCUUCAGUAACCGCUUUCAGCCCGGGAAAACUCUCAACACCUCCUGUGGCUCUCUGGCCUACUCUGCUCCUGAAAUACUGCUGGGGGACGAGUACGAUGCUCCGGCUGUGGAUAUCUGGAGUCUGGGGGUGAUCCUCUACAUGCUGGUGUGCGGUCAGCCCCCCUUCCAGGAGGCUAACGACAGCGAAACGCUAACUAUGAUCAUGGACUGCAAAUACACAGUGCCUCCACACAUCUCCCAUGCAUGCCGAGACCUUAUAGCUCACAUGCUGCAGAGGGACCCAAAGAAACGAGCAACCCUGGAAGAGAUCGGGGGCCACGACUGGCUUCAAGGUGUCGACCCCUCCCCGGCCACCAAGCUGUCCACCCCUCUGGUGUCCCAUCGCAGCCUGUCAGAGGAGGAGCACGGCUCCAUCAUCCAGCGCAUGGUGCUAGGGGGCAUCUCAGAUCGAGACACCAUAACCGAGGCUCUCGAGUCAAAUCAGUACAACCACAUCACGGCUACAUACUUCCUGCUGGCUGAGAGGAUGCUGAGGGAGAGACAAGAGAAGGAGCAGCACAGCCAGACACGAUCACCCAGUCCCAGCAAGGCCCAGUUCAGACAAUCCUGGCCCACCAGAGUGGACGUUCACCAAGAUGUCAGCGAUGGCUUAGGAGGUCCGGCUAUCUCCCACCCUGGGGGGCCACAGUCUCCAGCACGCAGUGCUGAGAGCCUCCACAAAGGCCCCAGGCCCAAGACGGCUCUGCUGGAUGUGAGCCAGCGGCAGGAGAACAACACCCCGGCACCCAGCCAGCAGCAGCAGCAGCCGGCUCGGCAGAACCAGGAGAGGGGGCUCAGGCCUAUGGCAAAGCCCCACUCCAACCCCCUCAGACUGGGUUCUCUGACCGCAGUGGGCCCCUGCAAACCUCGUAGUCCCAGCCUUUUCAGCGUGGAGGAAGAUGAGGAGGAAGAAGGGGGUGAAGACAGAUUAUCCCCCUCUACACUACCAGCUAAGGUGGUGCUUCGUUGCAAAGCCUCCUCUUCAUCCUCACAGUCAUCAGCUUCACCUGCGUCUGGUAACCGGCUGACGUCCCGUAUGAGUGCUCCAGUUCUUAACCAGAUCCAUGAGGAGGAUAAAGAGGAAGAGGAUGAGGAUGAGGAGGAGCAGAGGGAGCUGCAUGGACUCGGCCCACCCAAACCUAGCCUCAGUCUUAAUCUGAACUCUAGGAUACCAUCCCCAUUAACACUUAUGUCAUCCCCUAAAACUAUGGGUAUUAAAGCACCGGUCGCUGCUUUCACUCCCAGUCCAGAGACUAGUGACGAUGACACUGAAAGCCAUAAACCAGAAACUCUAACUGUAAAUGGAAAAGACAAGGUGAGGGAAGAGGUGAGGGUGGAUGGAGGGAAAAGGGGGUCAGGGCAGGGCAGCCCCUCCAACUGUGCUAGUCCUGGUUCAGGUUCAGGCCAAGCCAAAGGCACAGCUAAGACUUCCAGCGGCCUAGUGGAGAGUCUAAAGCUGAUGAGCCUGUGCCUGAGCUCCCAGUUUCACAACCUGACGGGGGGAGGUGGGGGAGGCAGUGGGGGCAGUGCGAAUGUAGUCGGAGGCGACACCCAAGACCGCCCUGUGUGGAGGAUGUGCAUGGGCGGCUCCACCGGCAGCCUGGAUAAGGUCUCGCUUCUGGGUGGCCCCUCGCCCAGGGGGAACCCGUACCACCCUCAGCCCCCGCUGGGAGACGCACUGGCAGACCCCCUGCUGGAGGGCCCCUGCACAGGCACCCUGAGGCUUGGAGAGCUGGACCUGGCCAGGGAGAACCACAGGAACAUGAAGAAUCGGGUUCUCCAGAUGCCUCUGAGCGACAAGACUCUGUCCGUGAACAUCCACCGAAGCCCCAAGGAGGGUCUCCUCUGUACCCCCACCCCACACAGCUGCUGCCAGGUUAUCUAGAGGGCAGGCAUCCCCACACUCCUCCAUCCUUAUCAUCUUGCUUCUGCCUUUGACUCAUGAGUUCACAUUAUUUUUUGCAUUUUUUUUAACACUUACAGUGGAUAACUUGGAGAAAGUCCAAAUGCCACACUUGCACAUUUAGGGAUGCAACAAGUCUCCGUGGAGGAGACUGGGUGCCAUGCCAAGUAUGUGAAGCACUUUCAGUAGAUAAAACGGGACACUACAGGGACAUUUUAGCCUUUCGGUGUGUUUUAGAUAGAAGACAGUAAGUAUGGAAAAAGAGGUGCUCACAUCCCUGCUCUUAAACACUAUAUUUACUGUACAGACUCUGCACAUUCAAACACACACCUUUAUCACUUCUUGAUAAGCUGACUAAAGGGAAAGGUGAUGAGCGGGUAAGCUAAAGUAUCAUGUUACAUGUGGUCUUUUGUUGUACUUCAUGCUCUUUUUUAAUAUCAUUAUUUUUUAAAUUAUUUUUGAGACAAUCCUUUUAUCCGUUUUUUUAUACUGACUGAAAGAGAGAAGUUCUGACUGUUUUCAUUCAAACGAGGACUGACGACAGGGUGAACAGCAGCACUUAAACUCCAUGUGUGGUGUUGGCACACAGUAUAUUGUAGUCUAUCACUGUUUUAUUUUUCUAUCUCCAACAUGCUCUGCAGACUCAAAGAAAAUGCACACUCACUUGUCAACUCUCUGCGCCGUUACACAGCAGAGUUUGUACAUAUGUGAAUAAGCUCUUAGCAGUACUCUGUACCUGUAGUAUUGACGGUAAAGUUGUAUUGCAGUAGAAACCUGAAUACUAGAUCUUUAUUCACCAUUAUCCUUCACUCCUACUGGAUGUCCAAGGUUUUGGUUGAACCCAGAGACUGACGUGCCUAAAAGGGUUUCAAUCCUGAUAGUUAAGACUAGAAUAAAUAUUCACAGAGGAUUCCUGGGUGGAGCCGAAACCAUGUAGAUCCAGUAGACUCCAGGAUUCACGGUAGCCACUGUUGUAGCGUAUUCCAAAACAAAAACAGCAACAGAGGGGUUUCAGUAGAACAUAAUAACAUCGCCCCUGCAAGUAUCGCUCUGUGUAACUGGAUGUGUGACCCACCCUUAGUGGAAUAUAUAACCUGACAGUGCAUGUGUUUUGCUGUAGCAACCUUAUUCUUACCCACUGAGGUCAAUACACCUGCUGUAUCUACCUAAGGAACAGAUUCUAUCGGUCACUUUACUGUAGCCUCACAGCAAUACCAGCGACUGCAAAAUGUACAACAAAAAUGGAUGUGCCAUAAAAUCUGUCUUGAGCAUAUUGUACUGUAUGUAUAUGAUAGAGAUCUAUUAAAAGGAAAUGAUGUGAACGAC